CCUGGUAUUUUUAUCGAGCCAUCAAGUUUGAUUCUUAUUCUUGAAGCAUCUUUAUAAUUUGAAAUUAGGCGAUUUAGCUAAUUGGCGAGUCUUCUUAUGUGAAUACAAAUUAAUGAGGCUGUGUGUGUUCCCUUCCUUCUUGCUUUGCCUAUUCCGUAUAACUCCCUCCUCCCUUUCCUCGUCGCUCUCACUCUCACUCUCACCAUGGCAACCUCUUGCCACAACAUAAAAACGUCACCUCUUUUCUCCUCCUUCCUGCUCGUCCUCCUCCUCCUGCCCUGUACUAAUCCAAUAUCCUUUGAGAUAACACGCUUUGAUCCUAACGACAUCAGCAUAAUUUACGAGGGAGGUGCAGCACCUAUAGCCGGAAAUAUUGAAUUUAGCAAUGUCGAUUGGUGCCAAGUUGGUCGAGCCACUUAUUUUAAGAAGCUGCCCAUCUGGAAUUCCAAAACUAAACAGCUCUCCGAUUUCACUACCCAUUUCUCUUUUUUCAUCGACGUCCAAGUUCGUAACAUCUAUGGAUCUGGACUGGCUUUCUUCCUUGCUCCUGUUGAAUCUCACGUUCCACUCAAUUCAGCAGGAGGUUUCAUGGGGCUCUACAAUUUUAGCAACAUUUAUUCCCAUCAGAAUCAAAUUGUUCACAUUGAAUUCGACUCUUCCUUGAACCCUGAAUGGGAUCCUCCUUUCCUUCACGUCGGGAUUAACAACAACUCACUUGAAUCAGCCACGUUUACCCGUUGGAAUGCAAGCUUCCACACUGGAGAUACUGCUGAUGUGUGGAUCAAUUACAAUGCUAUAACCAAGAAUCUCAGCUUGUCAUGGAAAUAUCAAACCACUUCUCUUCCCCUUGAGAAUACCAGCCUUUCCCUUAUCAUUGAUCUCACUACUGUUCUUCCUGAGUGGGUCAUCAUUGGGUUUUCCGCUAGCACAAGUAACCGAAUAGAGCGACAUGUACUUCAGUCCUGGAAGUUCAAUUCAACUUUGGAGAUGCAUGAAGAAAAGGAAAACGAUGCUAGGAAGAUUAUUCUGACAGCGCUUUUAUCAAUUGUAGGAGGUUUUCUGUUAGCUGCAAUGGCAGCAGUCCUCAUUUUCUGGAUAAGGAAGAAGAGGGAAAAAACAGCAGAGGAAAUGAACUUAAUAUCAAUGAAUGACGACAUUGAAAGCGUUGCAGGUCCAAGAAGAUAUUCUUAUCAAGAUCUUGUUUUAGCUACCAGCAACUUUUCAGGCGAGAGGAAGUUGGGUCAGGGAGGAUUUGGAGCUGUUUACAAGGGGUACUAUACCCACUUAGGAAUGUAUAUUGCAGUGAAGAAAAUUACGAAGCAUUCAAAUAAAGACGUGAAAAAGGACUACAUAGCAGAGGCGAAGAUCAUCAGUCAGUUGAGGCAUCGAAACCUGGUACCGAUCUUAGGUUGGUGUCAUGACAAAGGUGAAUUCCUUCUUGUUUAUGAGUUCAUGCCCAAUGGCAGUCUUGAUUCUCACCUCUUUAAGAAGAAGAUUCCUCUCACUUGGACAGCGAGAUAUAGAAUAGCUCUCGGAUUAGCCUCUGCUUUGCUCUACUUGCAUGAAGGGUCUGAAAAAUGUGUCCUGCAUCGGGAUAUCAAGCCAAGCAAUAUAAUGCUGGAUUCAAAUAUGAAUGCAAAACUUGGUGAUUUUGGACUAGCUCUAUUCAUGGAGUCUGAUUUAGGUCCAGAGACGACAGGGUUGGCAGGCACCAAUGGCUACAUGGCUCCAGAAUAUAUAAGCACUCGCAGGGCUAGCAAAGAGUCCGAUGUUUACAGUUUUGGGUUGGUUGCCUUAGAGAUUGUUACUGGACGAAUGGCGGUGGAUCCCAUUGGGGAAGAAGAUGAAGCAGUCACUUUAGUAAAGUGGGUUUGGGAUCUUUAUGAAACUGGGGAACUAAACAAAGCAGUUGAAGGGAUUCUUACAGAUUUUGAUGAGACACAAGUGAAGUGUCUGUUGAUUGUUGGUCUGUGGUGUGCACAUUCUGACAGAAGCAUGAGGCCUUCGAUAAUGCAGGCAAUUCAAGUGCUUAAUUUUCAAGCUGAGUUGCCAAAUCUUCUAACAAUGAUGACUGUUCAUGACUCUAAUGCAGCGAGGCCAUUGUUUAGCUUUGGUGAUGAACCUGUAAUGUCACAUUCAAGUUUUGGAGUGGGUCGUUAAACAGUAUGCUUUUCCUCUUCUUUUUUUUUUUUGGUUGUAAAUUACAUUUUCUCAUUUUCUUUUU